CAACAACACCUGUACCUGCAGUUUCAACAAUAUUUAAACUGGUGUUCACCAUGGCAAUGAAUUUCAUGCCUCAGCUGAACGACCGCUCCUCUAAGGAAUUUCAUCAAUUGGCAGCGACUGUUACAAUACAGCUUGAUUUCGUGUACAGAACGAAGUAUGGAUCUAUUUUCAUUGGCGUCAUCUUGUUAGGAUUCAGGCCAGGAUCUGUUAUCGCAGACACACAGCUGGAAUUCAGGAGCUCAAACACAACUCUUACUGGCACUGCUAUAAUCAAAACUCUUGUGGAAGCGAGUGAAAACUCCAGUCUCACCAACUUUACUCUGCCACUGAACACCUCAGCAAUCCAGGCAACAAAAAUAGAAACAACAACAGCAGUCCCUACAACUCUUCUUACAACUCCACUUCCAUCCACUACUACACAACCUACCAACACUACUCCAACCAAUUCACCAAUAAUUACUCCUACAACCACCCCUCAUGCUACUAACACAUCUACAACACCUACAAUUACUCCUGCAAACACACCUAAAACAGAUAUUUCUUCCGCAACACCUACUACAACCCCAUCCAAUUCUACUAUUACAUCUACAACUUCUUCUACAGCCAGAACUACAGCGACAAAGAUUACAGAAACAACUACAGCCCCAACAACGCCAUCUAUACCCACAUAUCUGACGAGAUUUGCACUAGUGUUCAGCCUUAUAAGGUCGUUUGAGCCAGGGCUGAAUGACCCCAGCUCAACACAAUACAAGGAACUGGAACUGAAUGUUACAAAACAGCUUAAUACGAUUUACAAAAAGAAAUACGGAAUUCUCUUCAUUCAGUCCAAGGUGACAGGAUUCAGGCAAGGCUCCGUUAUCACAACCACCGAGCUGGAUUUCAGGAGCUCCGCUCCCAGCGCCAUUGAGAUCGCCAACGCUUUCAAGGACGAGCUGGCGAACUUCACUCCGCCAGUGGACAACACGACAAUACAGGCAACAAAGCUGGAAGCCAGCACAGCCGCCCCGGCGAGCACAACGGUAACGACCGGGCCGGCCAGGCCCGCCUCCGGAGGACACACCGCGACCGCCAGGGCCCGCUGGACCUUCCUCCUGACCCUGGCCGCUCUCGUCCUGCCCCGCGCCGCCCGGCUGGACAGCCCGGCCUGAGGCCUCGGAGCGCUCGGCGGCUCCCGGACCCUGCUUUUAUUUAUCAAGAGCGUUUCCAAAAAAAUCUUCCGAUGUAAAAUCAGUUGACUAUUCCUUCAUAUAACGUGCAAAAAGAGAAAUCCCUUUCAUAUGUCUCGCUUGCUUUUUCAGCAUAUUGAUAUAAAGGUGCAAAAUGAAGUAUUAUUUAAGUCCAUCUUCUAAAACCUCACUUUAAUACGCUGUUUUUUCCUUUUCUUGAUUUCAAUACGUUAAAACGUGCUCACGGUUCUACCGGUUUUUUGCUUUGUCUUCUUUUGUAAAGUACCCUGAGAUUCUCAUGUAAAGUGCAAUAUGUAAAAAUAAAUAUUAUGAAGCAUGUUU